AGGUUACUGAUCUAAAUGAGUCUUUAUUUUUCCAGGUCCACCAGGAGAAAGCCGGACAGGCCCUCCCGGCCCUUCAGGCUCUGCCGGACCUCGUGGUCCCCCCGGACGUCCAGGAUACGCCGGAGUCCGCGGACCCCCGGACCUCCUGGAUACUGCGACUCUUCUCAGUGUGUCGGUAUUCCUUACAACGGGCAAGGAUACGGAGGCCAAUACCCACCUGAACCCGACACCAGAGUAGCCCCAGUCCCCGAGGAGGAAGAGCUGUCGCAAAACCAGCGUCGAAAGAGAUCACUAUCAAGAAAGGCUUCCAGCAGGCCAACAUCUUAAGACAAGCCAUGCUGUCUUUUUUUUUUUUUUUUUUUCUCUU